GUCCUUAAACCUGAAAUAUUAUGUGAGGUGUUUGAGUCUCCAAAAAAAAAUGAAUAAGGGGAAUGGCAUGCCAUAAAUGUUGAAUAAUAUUAUCACAUCGUUAAUUAAUUUCAUGCAGUAGCAGCAGCAACCGAUUGAGAAAGAAAAUGUUUAGCAAUAGUGGCGGAAGUGGAACGGCGUUUCCACCUGGUUCCUUCGUUUACGACGCCGAUGAUGUUCCUUUUGGUACUGUGUGGUGGUUUCUUUAUGCUGGAAUUUCAUGUUUACUCGUUCUCUUUGCUGGUAUCAUGUCUGGUCUCACUCUUGGUUUAAUGUCUUUGGGUCUUGUUGACCUUGAAAUUCUCCUUAGAACUGGUUCUUCCACUCAGAAAAAACAAGCUGCUGCUAUUUUUCCUAUUCUUCAAAAACAACACCAGCUGCUUGUUACUUUGCUUCUUUGUAAUGCUUGUGCUAUGGAGGCACUUCCACUUUACCUUGAUAAAAUUUUUCAUCCUGUAGUAGCAGUGUUGUUAUCAGUAACUUUUGUUUUGGCUUUUGGAGAGGUCAUCCCACAAGCUAUAUGCACAAAAUAUGGGCUCUAUGUCGGUGCAAAUUUUGUCGGGCUCGUACGUGUUCUGAUGAUCAUCUGUUAUCCAAUUGCUUACCCUAUCGGAAAGGUUUUGGAUAUUUUGCUUGGACACCACGAUGUAAUGUUUAGACGAGCACAAUUGAAAGCCCUUGUUUCAAUCCAUAGCGAAGAGGCUGGUAAAGGAGGUGAACUCACGCAUGAUGAGGCAACGAUUAUCAGUGGAGCACUAGAUCUCACUUUGAAGACUGCAGAGGAGGCUAUGACACCAAUUGAGUCAACUUUUUCCUUGGAUGUUGAUUCCAAAUUGGACUGGGAAGCAAUUGGGAAAAUUCUUGAACGAGGUCAUAGCCGUAUCCCCGUAUACAGUGGAAACCCCAAAAAUAUAAUUGGCCUCUUACUAGUAAAAAAUCUUCUUACUAUAAGAGCUGAGACAGAGAGUCCAGUUAGUGCCGUCUCCAUCCGGAACAUUCCUAGGGUUCCAUCAGAUAUGCCUUUAUACGAUAUCCUCAACGAGUUUCAAAAAGGAAACAGUCAUAUGGCAGCUGUCGUCAAGGUUAUGAGAGAUAAAAACAACCCUCAGGAAGCUGGUGACUUUGACAAAUCCAAGGAUAAAUUAGUCACCAAACAUAGUUCUCAACUGAAUGUGCCAUUACUCGGGUCAUAUGAGAAAUCACACAAUGUUGUUGAUAUUGACAAACUUUCUCGGCAUCAUAACCCUGGAGGAUGUAAUGAUGCCAAGAAUGCAGACCAACAAUGCCAAGAAAACGGCACUUCACCAAAUAGUUUCCACCACUUUCCUUAUAAUGAAGAUGGUGAAGUUAUUGGCAUCAUAACCCUGGAAGAUGUUUUCGAAGAACUCCUGCAGGAAGAAAUCGUGGAUGAAACAGAUGUGUAUAUAGAUGUUCAUAGGAGAAUACGUGUUGCUGCUGUCGCAGCUGCUUCUUCUGUGGCACGAGUUCAUUUGGCCAAAAGUUGACGGGUCACAAGCCUG